UUUUUUGCCUCCUUAACCAAAUCUAACGGAUAGUUAAGUUUUAGUCUGUCUCUCUCUAUGUCAAACAGAUCUCAGAAAAUGUACGGAAAAGCCGCAUUCGCUCUCGUCUUCGCUAUCCUCAUACUCCUCAUCACCUACUCAAUCUUCAUCGGCACUGUCGAUAUACGAUCCUACUUCCUCCCUCUUCUGCCGUCGCCACCGCCAGGUGCACAGCCCCCUCGUGCAACCGGCCCGCCUCUCAAAGUCUACAUGUACGAUCUCCCGCGCCGGUUCAACGUCGGCAUGCUGAACCGGAAGAGCACGGAGCAGGCUCCGGUCACGGCCCGGACCUGGCCCACGUGGCCCAGGAACUCUGGGCUCAAAAGGCAGCACAGUGUUGAGUACUGGAUGAUGGGCUCGCUUCUGUUCGACGGCGAUGGCGGUGAUGGGAGAGCGGCCGUUAGGGUUUCUGAUCCGGAAUUGGCCGAUGCGUUCUUCGUGCCGUUUUUCUCUUCCUUGAGUUUCAAUACUCACGGGCACCACAUGACCGACCCGGCUACUGAGAUUGAUCACCAAUUGCAGAUAGAUGUAUUGAAAAUCUUGGGGGAAUCCAAGUAUUGGCAAAGAUCCGGAGGCAGAGACCAUGUUAUCCCUUUGACACAUCCCAAUGCUUUCAGAUUUCUUAGACCACAGAUCAAUGCAUCAAUUCAGAUUGUUGUAGAUUUUGGCCGGUACCCUCAUGUCAUGUCAAAUCUGAGCAAAGAUGUGGUCUCCCCGUAUGUACAUGUUGUGGAUUCCUUUACAGAUGAUAAUCAUUCAAAUCCAUAUGAGUCCCGCACUACACUUCUUUUCUUCCAGGGCAGGACAUUCAGGAAAGAUGAAGGCAUUGUCCGUGUUAAACUGGCAAAAAUUUUAGCUGGUUAUGAUGAUGUUCACUAUGAGCGAAGUGUUGCAACAGGAGAUAACAUAAAAGCGUCUUCGCAACGGAUGCGUUCAUCAAAGUUCUGUCUGCAUCCUGCUGGAGACACUCCUUCGUCUUGUCGCCUAUUUGAUGCUAUUGUGAGCCACUGCGUUCCUGUCAUUGUGAGUGAUGAAAUUGAGCUCCCGUUUGAGGAUGAAAUUGACUACACCAAAUUCUCACUAUUCUUCUCAUUCAAAGAGGCUUUGGAACCUGGUUACAUGGUUGAUCAGCUCCGGAAAUUUCCAAAGGACAGAUGGAUUGAAAUGUGGAGGCAACUUAAUUCUAUUUCCCACCAUUUUGAAUUUCAUUACCCCCCAGAGAAAGAGGAUGCAGUCAAUAUGCUAUGGAGACAGGUGAAGCACAAGCUUCCUGCAGUCAAACUUGCUAUACAUAGAAACCGGAGGUUGAAAAUCCCAGACUGGUGGCGGAGAAGAAAGUGAUUUCAGGAGCAUACGUUUGUUGUAUAUUCAUGAUCUUUUUUUUUCCCAUCAUAGUGACAACCCUUAAGGGGUAAAGAAAUACCAUAGGUAUCACAACACCCAGAUUUUGCAGGGUAAUGUUUUAGAGGUUCAAUAGCGCUUUUUGCAGCUUACGGCUUGUCUAUUCUUUGACUCUCUCACUUUUUUAGUGUCAAUUGAGUAUAGUUUUCCCCUUGUUCAGUGUCGUAUCAAAUGACAUACUGUAAGGGGUAAUUUCUUGUGAUGAUGAUCCGAUUACCCAUUUGUCCUACAAUUCCUGAGUUCUUAAUAAUGCAAUACCAUACGGCUUUUCACAUUGGAA